AUGUUUUGUCCGAGUAACGAAACGCUUCAGAGCAUUACGGAAAAGACGAAAUUGCUGGCCCACAAGUGUACCCAGCAGAUUCGCAACAACAGCAACGCAGCGUCGGCCAACAUCGAUGCCGGUGGUGCGACAGGUGUUCAGCAACAGUCCACAACACCGGUUGUCGAUCCGCAGCGAUCGUGCAGCAAGGAUGGGGCGAACGGGAAGGAGGAUCGACCGGUGGGAAUGGCUGGUGGGACACUACGUUGCUUCUGUCCGUGCAAAGGAACGAUCAGCAAACUGAUGGGCAGGAAGUAUGCCGCUACUAGCAAAGAGGGUCAGAGUCAGCGCACCACCAAGUGGUAUGUCAAGCAGCCCACCUGGCGGUUAUGGGGCGAAGAGCGCGAGGAGAACGCCAUCUAUACGGUUUACCUUAAGAAGGUCCGGUACCAUCGACCAACACCCAGUGUCAGCAGCCAAGAUUCCGACGAUGAAAUAUCGCACCUGGAGUGGGAAACCGUGCGGGUGCGGUUCGUCAAGGCGGCCACCUUAUCGCGGCUGGUCGAUGCCCUCGCGACCGACGACGGCGAGCUCGAGAGCACGUUCGUGAACGUGUUUCUGAACACCUACCGUACCUUUGCCCAGCCGGAAAAGGUGCUGGAGCUGCUGCUCGACCGGUACGAAAAGCUGCACGCCGAGCCGGCCCUACUGCAGCCCGAGUCCCUGUCGGACCAGCACAAGAAAACUCUAGUCUCUGUUCUUCACGUGUGGCUCGAUGGGUUCCCCGAGGAUUGGGACACGGACAAUUUGCAACGAUUGCUAGCAUUCACCUCAAAGCGUUUGCCAAAAUCGGAAAUACAUAUGAAAGCUUUAAAUAGGUUUACGCAUAGGUUAGAUAAGUACAGUAGAAUACCACCACCGCUGCCAUGGUCCAACGAUUAUCACGAUUUCGCCGACCAGUUCGGUGGGCUCUGUCUGACACCCGCAUUCCGUGGUCCACCGUCCCACCUGCUAAACUCGUACCGAUUCCCCAACAUUCCGGUGAAACACUUUGCCGAGCAGCUGACCCGCAUGGACAUGGAGCUGUUCAAGCGGCUCAUACCGCACCAGUGCCUCGGUGCGAUCUGGUCCAAUCGGGAGAAGCACGAGAGCAGUUCGGUGCUGGCGACGGUCACCCAAUUUAAUGCGGUCUCGUUUCGCGUAAUCUCGAGCAUACUGAUCGAGCCACGGCUUAAACCCCAGGAACGGGCCCUGCUCAUCUCGACGUGGAUAGACAUUGCGCAGGAGUUGCGAUUGCUGAAGAACUUCUCCUCACUGAAGGCGAUCAUUUCCGGGCUGCAAUCGAACGCCGUGUAUAGGUUAUCGAAGACGUGGGCCGUAAUGCCAAGGGAUAAGUUGGAGCUUUACAACGAGCUGGCGCGGAUAUUCUCCGAAGACAAUAAUGCGUGGGCACAGCGGGAGGUGCUGAUGCGCGAGGGAACGGCCAAGUUCGCGGAUACAGUGGGCGAGAACGAUCGGCACUUGCAGAAGGUGUUCCAGAAGCAGAACACGCUCAUCAGCCACGGAACGAUACCGUACCUCGGUACAUUCUUAACCGAUCUGACCAUGAUCCAUGCUGCCAUUCCGGACACGUUACAGGACGGAUUGAUUAAUUUCGACAAGCGCCGGAAAGAGUUCGAGGUGUUGGCGCAGAUCAAACUGCUACAAGGUGCCGCUAACACGUACCACUUACCGGACGAUCCUCUGUUUGAUCGAUGGUUCGCUUCGUUGCUAGUGCUUGACGAACGAGAAGCACACACGCUGAGCUGUUCGUUAGAGCCGGCACCCGAAAUGACUAAACGACCACCAGCACAACAUCCGGGUGGUGGCGCAGGAGGAUUAGGAGGGGGAGGUGGAGGAACUCCGGGACAUAAGAAGAGCGAUUCGAUAGCGUCGAACUCGAGCAGCGGAGCCGGUUCUCAGUUCUACUGUGAUAUUAACAGCACAUCAAACGCAAGCUAUAGCUCACGCAACAACUCUCUCGAUCGUGAUGCUACUCCACCGAAUGCUUCGAUCUUGUCCGCCGCUAGUAGCGUCUCUUCCCUGUCGAUGGACUCCACCACAUCGGGCAGUCAACGUUCGAACCAUAAUGGAGGUGUUGGUAGUGUACGGACGCCACAGUCAAAUCGAUCGCAAUCCAACGGUACGGUUGCGAGCCGAAGCGCUAACGGUGGUGCCAGAGACCUCGAAACACCCAUCAUCAAUGGGCAGCUGGUGCAAAACUCACCGCUCAAGAGUAGCUCACCCGAUUUCUACAUCAUCAAGGUGACGUACGAGACGGAACAGGUCGAACUGGACGGAAUCGUGCUGUACAAGAGCAUCAUGCUCGCGAACAACGAACGUACGCCACAGGUCAUCCGGAACGCGAUGCUUAAGCUCGGCCUUGAAGGUGAUCCAGACCGCUACACCUUGGCACAGGUGCUCCCGGACAAGGAAUUACUGCUACCGAACAAUGCAAACGUGUACUACGCGGUCAACACCGCAUACAACCUUAAUUUCAUUCUGCGACCGAAGAAGGACACUACGGGUAGUAGCUCCUCGGUGCCGAGUUCCACCGGUCGUCCUUAG